CCUGAGUGCUCAGGGAAUGGAAUUCCCAUCCAGGGAAUGUCCCAGGCCAGGCUGGAUGGGGUUUGGAGCAUCCUGGGAUGGUGGAAUGGGUGGGAUUUGAGGUCUCUUCCCACCCAAAGCAGUCUGGAAUUCCCAGAUCCCUGAGUGCACGUGGAGCUGGGAGGGGAGGGCAGCUCCAGGGGGGCUGGGGGUGGAAAAUCCUCCUGGAGCUUUGGGAAUUCCUCAGUUGGGUUUGAGGAGUGUGAGGAAGGGAAAUGGAUCUGGACGUUCAUGACGGGCGGAGGAACUCGGCAAACCCAAAUCCCUGUGGGAAUCCAGGGAUGCCCAUCAGGAGACUCUGAUUAUGGGAUGGAUGCCUUUUCCAUUAAACUGUGCUCAAAAACUGUGGAGAACAUGAUUCCAUAGAACUGUGGGGAGUUCCUGCAUCAAAAAACCUGGAUUUUCUAGGGAAGAACAUUUCAGCAGGGCAUAAUGAUUUUUUUGGGAUGCUUGAGCACCACAUGGAUCCCUCCUGAAUCUCCUCUCCGAGCGUUUUCCUGGGAUGGCAGCGUGGGAACGAUUCCUGUGGAUCCAUCAGUGGAGGUUUGGGGUCAGAUCCCUCAGGAAUGAGGGCUCUGAGAGCUCUCCCAACUCCUGUGGUUCCUUCCAAGGCUGGGAAUUUCAUCCAGAGCCUCUUCUGGGGCCCUCAGGAUUUGCUGGACCUUCCCUGAGGGUUCUUCCUUGGAAUGUUUGGGGCUGUGGUGGCCUGGCUGUGACAUCAGAGCUGCUCCCAUGGGAACAGCUCCAGGGCCUGGUGUGGACACGGAGUGACCGGAGCCAAACUGGCUCAGAGCACCCUUGAUUCCCAUGGAUCAGCCCCAGUAGAGGUUGGAAUAUUGGGGUUGGAUUUGGGGAGUGCUCCAGACUGGGAUGUGUUUGUGUGAGUGAGGAUUGGACAGGGCCUCCGUGAGGAAUUGGGAUUUUGGGAUUUCCUCACACUCCACGGGGCUGUUUGGGAGAUUCCAGCAGUAAUUCCUGCUGGAAAUUCGGAGUUUGGUGGGAAAAUGAAACUGGAGCUGCUCCUUUUCCAGUGAAAAUCCAUCCAAAAUAAAACCCAUCAAAAACAAUGAUGGGAGUCUUACAGAGAGGAGAGAAUUUCACUCUGAAAUUGCCAAACACACCCAAAACUGAUGGAAUUUGGGCAGAGUUGGAUUGGAUCCAAUGGAUCAGAACAUCCUCCUGUCCUGUUCAAGGAGCGUUCCCGAUGGAAUUCCUGGAAUUCCCGCCCUGCUGGAUCCAGUAACGCCCUGCUGUGUCUUUUUUCAGUAGUGCCUCCAGCUCCACAUCCAGGAGGAUUUUCCCAGGUGGAAGGAUUAGAUCUGGUGGGAUGUCAGAGACAUCCCGAAGGACCUGGAAGAUUCAUGGAAUGAUUCCUGGGGGUUCGGAGUGCUGAACCCAGACACAAAACCACCUGGAAGAUGGAGCAGAGCCCCAUUGUGGUGAUCCUGCUGUGUGCCCUGUGCAUUCCAGCGGUGCUUCCAGAACCGGGAAUGGAGCUUCCCUUGGAACCGGGAAUGGAGCUUCCUUUGGAACCGGGAAUGGAGCUUCCCUUGGAACCAGGAAUGGAGCUUCCCUUGGAACCGGGAAUGGAGCUUCCCUCGGGAUCGGGAAUGGAGCUUCCCUCAGGAUCGGGCUUGGAGCUUCCCUCGGGAGUGGGAUUGGAGCUUCCCUUGGAACCAGGCUUGGAGCUUCCCUCAAGAGCAAGAUUGGAGCUUCCUUUGGGAUCAGGAUCGGAGCUUCCCUCAGGAGUGGGAUUGGAGCUUCCCUUGGAACCAGGCUCGGAACUUUCCUCAGAACUGGUAUUGGGAUUGGAGCUUCCCUCGGAACUGGGAUCUGAGCUUCCCUCGGAAGUGAGAUUGGGCUCAGAGCUUCCCUCGGAACCGGGCUCAGAGCCUCCAUCGGGAUCUGAGCUUCCCUCGGAAGCGGGACCAGAGCUUUCCUCUGAACCGAGAUCUGAACUUCCCUUGGAAGCGAGACUGGGAUCUGAGCCUCCCUCAGAACUGGGAUCUGAACUUCCCUUGGAAGUGAGACUGGGAUCUGAGCCUCCCUCAGAACCGGGAUCUGAACUUCCCUUGGAAGUGAGACUGGGAUCUGAGCCUCCCUCAGAACCGCGAUCUGAGCCUCCCUCAGAACCAGGACUGGGCUUGGAUCUCCCCCCGGGGUUGGAGUCCGUCCCACUGGGGCUGAAGACCAUGGUGGUGGUGAACUCCACGCCCUGCAGCGUCACCUGCGGGCUGGGCGUGAAGCAGGAGCAGCUGUGCGAGGUCAGCCCGGCCGGGCAGCGCCGCAACUGCUCCGUGGUGCGCUCGCGCUGCCUCAGCGAUUGGAUCUGCGGCCUCCAGCACCUCAGCGUUCCCGAGGGAAAACCCCUCCAGCUCACCUGCCUCACCCCGGACGCCGCCAGCCUGGAGGGACCAAAUUUUGGCUACACCUGGAGGUUCGCCCGGGGACUCAUCACCACCAACGACCUCAUGUUCCAUCCCUUCCGCAAUCCCAGCCCUUCCCUGAGCUUCUCGCCGGCGCUGGAGUCGCAUUCCGGGACCUACCGCUGCGACGUGCAGGUGCUGAGCUCCUUCCAGCUCGUCAAGAGGAUCUACUUCGGCCUCAGGGUGAUCCCCAGCGAUCUGGUGGAUCUGGACUUCCAGAAAUCCCUGACUUGGGAGCAGCAGCUGGCGGCCAACGGGGAGGAACCGCCGGGAAAUGCCACGGGCCCCCCGGAGCAGCGGAAGAGUUUUUGGGAGAAGCAGUGGUUUUACGAGGUCGUGCUGGGAAUUGGGUGUGGGGUGAUCAUGGGCAUCACGUUCAGCCUCGGGCUCUGCUGCCUGGGCAGGAUUUGCAGGAGAAGAGCAGCACGAGAAAUGAACGGAGACUGACGCAAUUCCCUGUCUUUGGCUCUUUGUUAGGAUCAGGAAUUCAGGGUGGGAAUCUUGGGAUCUUCCACAGUUGGAUUUUGGUUAUUAUCCCCUUCCAACUCAGGACAUACCAUGGAUCCCAAACUAUUUAAUGGGAUAUUUAGAAUUUAUUUACAACAGACACAGUUUAUUAUUGAAUAUUUUUGGCUACUUUGGAGCCUGGAUUAAGAAUUCAGGAAUUCAGAAUGGGAUUCUUCAGGUCAUCCACAGUUGGAUUUUGGUGAUCCUCCCCUUCCAACUCAGGACAUUCCAUGGAUCCCAUAAGUAUUUGAUGGGAUAUCUAGAAUUUAUUUGUAAAAGACACAAUUUAUAAAUUAAUAUUUUCGGCCACUUUGGAGCCUGGAUUAGGAAUUCAGGAUGGGAUUCUUGGGGUCGUCCACGUUUUUUUCCUUUUACCAGAAUGACACAAAAAUGCUUUGAUAUUGAAAAACAUGGGUAUGGAGGGAAAUAAUUUUAUUUAUUUGAAUGAAAACCAAACCAGGCACUUCCCAGAGCUGAUUCCCAGAGGGUUUUUUUCACCUCCUGAACAUGGAAAAAUCAGGACUGACCCAUCACAGCGGGCUGGGAGUUAAUGGUCCAGAGCUGCCCCAUCUGCAGGAGCCUCUCUGCUCUUUGUCAUGGAAAUUUCAGUGUCUUGGGCCCAGCUGGGAUUCCCAAAUCCAGCGGGAUGAAAGCUCCAGCUCUGCUGGGGGAGUCAGAGCGGGAGCCAAAAAUCUCCUUCAUCUUUGGGUCGUGGGGUUUUGUAAUUUCUGAGGGGAGCCAGAUGCUCGGAGCAGGGAAAAUGAAUCCAUAAUUGGAGUUUUUAUUUGGAGGCCGAGGGCUGGGAUGGCCACUGGGGUCCAGCUGUCACAAAGGGCCUUUAAUGGGAUUUUUUUUAGGGUGCUCUUUGAUUUUUGAAGGGUUAUUAAGGAUUGGGGGAUGUUUAUCAUAACAGGGGAAGGAAGGAAAAAGGAACUGCAGAGGUUGGAGCUCAGUGCAAGCAGGGAAGUAAAAACCCUUUUUAUCCCUCCUUUUUUCCCUCUCUCCCUGCAAAACAAUCUUUUCUUAAUGAAUUCCCACCAUAAAGGGCAGACAUUUAGGAAAAAAAAGACUCUCUCUGCUCUGAACUCCGGGACCUUUGGGAUCACCAGAGGCUGGAGCUGGGCAGGGCUUCUUCCCUCUCUCCAUCCUCUCUCCAUCCUUCCCUCUCUCCAUCCUUCCUUCAUCCUUCCUUCCUUCAUCCUUCCCUCUCUCCAUGCUUCCUUCAUCCUUCCCUCUCUCCAUC